CUCGCAUGCGGAAGUGUUUUGGAGUUAAACAGCGGCGCAGAUGAAUUGUAGCAACGCACCUGUAACAGUAAAAAGUAUGCGCUUCCUUGAAAUAUUGUAUGGCUACGCACCGGAUUUUAAGAUUUGCUUGUCUACUGAAUAGACGGCAGAAUCAAGUCUGGACAGUGUCACAUAAUACUUCAUUAGUCGUUUCUGCUCAAGUUGUUUUAAUGACUGCACUGACAGACUUUGAACCUUUAGCGAAGAGGCUAAGGGUUGAAUCAAGUGCUCCAACAUCACCCUCAUCUUCUCACAAAGGCCCAUCCCUAUGCAGUCAGAGCAGGGGUAAUGAAGCUGUAAAUCAAGGAGGAAGAGAAAACAAAGCUGAAGCAAAGAUGGAUGCACAGCCAAAGCCCAGAGAAGGGAUUUUGCGAGAUGUAAAGACAAAAGGCUCCUUUCAAAAGAGAAAGCAAGAACAGUCCAAAAGCACUCUUGACCGAUGGUUGGUUAAGCCCUCAAAAACCCAAACAGUUGACGUGUGCCAAACCCAAGAGGAUGAAGAAAUAACUGAUGAUGGUGACUGUCAAAGCACCUCAGCUCAGUCUGUGGACCGCAAAAUUGCUGAUCAACACCCAGUAUCUGACACAGAUGAAGACACCCAACCACUGACACCACAAGACCUGGAUCAAGACUAUCCCGUGUCGCCAUCUUCCCAGGAUUCUGCAGGGAGCGAGCUUACUGAGACAUUGCCUCGAAGUGACGGUGGAUUAGAAAAACAAGAAAUGGAAACAUACCCAGAAAGCUCAGAGGGCCCUGCCAAACGCAGUAAAAAGAUAACAGAUUUUUUUUCAGGGUUGCCAUCACUCGCUUUACCUAUGAGACGACGAAAGUCAAAUAAGUUUCCACAAAAACAAGAAGCAGACAAGGCAACUACCUCUAGUGAUGUCAAAUGGCUGGGCACGCCAAUCAGUGAGCUAAAGAGAAUGCCUGCAUGUGGUGCACCACUUCCUCGGCUGAAGGAUGUUACUGGCCAGCACACUGUGAUGAUAAGGACAGACCUCCUUCAGAAAGGUAAAGUUCCAGUUCCAUAUCCUACCGUGUUCAAGGAUGCCUGGGAUGAUGUCCAUGUCAAGAUGCCCUGUUCCAGCAGUAACUUGUUUCCUGUACAAGAUGAGGAAACACGAGAGCUGAAGAAUAAGAGUCGAUGGGAGCUGAUCAAGGAAACUUUAGAUGCGCAAUUUACAGGUCCUCUUGAGUUCAAGAAUGCAGUAUUAAAAUACAGUGCCUCACAUGCCAAGAAAUGGGACUUCACAGCAUUGCAUUUGUACUGCACUAAAGUCCUGGAGCCUGAUGCUGCCGAACAUCUGUUUGACUCUCUGCUGCCAGACAUGGUGCAAUUAGCACUGAGAGCAUCUGAGCUGUGCACCAAGCCGAUACCCCUCCUCAAGAAAGGCACGAACCACUCUAUCACCAUGUCUCAGGAGCAGGUGGCAUGUCUGCUCGCCAACGCCUUCUUCUGCACCUUCCCCCGACGGAACUCCAGAAAGACUGAGUACAGCAACUACCCAGACAUCAACUUUUUCAGGCUGUUUGAGGGAUUCUCUUCAAGGAAGAUUGAGAAGCUGAAAACCCUGAUGUGCUAUUUCAAGAGUGUCACUGAGCAAAAGCCUACGGGACUCGUAACGUUCACCCGAAAAGGGUUGGAUAAACCGCCGAAUUGGAAAAGCUCGCAGACUCUGCUAACAAAGCUCCACAUUACUUGUGAAGGGACCAUUGAGGAUGAUGGUUCUGGAAUGCUUCAGGUGGAUUUUGCCAAUCGGUUUGUAGGAGGAGGAGUCACCAGCUCUGGUCUCGUUCAAGAGGAAAUCCGUUUUCUUAUAAACCCAGAGCUAAUCGUUUCUCGUCUCUUCACUGAAGCCCUGGAUCAUAAUGAAUGUCUGAUCAUCACAGGAACGCAGCAGUACAGUAAAUACACCGGUUAUGCUCAGACCUACACGUGGAGUGGCAGCCAUCAGGACCUCACUCCAAGUGACGCCUGGCAGAGGAAAUGCACUGAGAUAGUGGCCAUCGAUGCGCUGCAGUUCAGGAACCAUCUUGAACAGUUUCUCCCAAACAGAAUAAACCGAGAACUUAACAAGGCUUACUGUGGCUUUGCACGCCCCGAAGAACAAAGUGAAAACCUGGCAGCUGUGGCGACAGGGAACUGGGGCUGUGGGGUUUUUGGAGGUGACACGCGUCUCAAAGCUCUGCUCCAGAUGCUGGCAGCUGCCGAGGCGGGCCGAGAUGUAGCCUAUUUCACCUUUGGUGACAGCCAGCUCAUGACAGAUGUACACAACAUGCACUCUUUCCUCACUCAGAGGAACAUCAGUGUUGGGGAGGUGUAUGAUCUCCUGGGGCAGUACUACAGCUCGGUGUGUAAGAGCUGCCUCGGUCGGCGCCCUGACGUCAGCCUCUACUCCUUCAUCUACCGACAGGUCAGCUCCUCCCUGGCGCCCGACGACUCCGACAGGGGUUCGGCCAGACAACACAAACCCACAGACUGCCAUUAAGGUCAGGUGGCCGAUGAGUCACCGUGCCUUAACCUCGGAAUCAGCGCUCUGUUGCUCUGCCUUUAGCUUUAUUUUUAUAACUCAUUUUUUCUGCUCAUCAACAUUUAUUAAAUUGUGAAGGACAUACCAAAUGUGGCCUUGACAAGUGGCCGCUGAAAAUAAAAACAACGAGCAUGCAGAUCGUUUUCAGAAGCAGCUGAACUGCAGACGGUGGUUAGUUAUGACCCUGUCUAACGCUGCAGUCCAAGCUGUGUUCAUUUUACUGCAGCUGGUAAUACGGCAAUAGAUUGAGCUUCAGUGCGACGCAAUUGUGAUUUUAAUGGUGAAGCAAAGGUUGCCAUCCAUCUUCUCGGUUUGUCAUGUUGCUUUUUUUUUUUUUUACACCCACACAUAUCCAGCCUAAUUGAAUUGGCUGUCAGAAAUCAAGUUAAAGGAAAAGAAUAACAAGCGCGGUGUUUGGAAAGCUUGGAGCAGUCCCAGGAAAAGUGAUUUGAUAUAAAGAGCAGCCAGGCUCUUUAAGAAAUAAUCUCCCAACUUCAGCAUUUUCUUAGUUACAAUCAUUAGUUGCAUUUUGAAUACAUUUUUUUGGGUUCAUUUUUGUAUGUGAUUGCACUUGACAUAUUACUAAGAUUUUUUUUCAAUGUUUUUCAAACAAUCUUUGUACAAAAUUGAUAUUUCCAAAAAAGAAAAAGGUGCACUACAAUGAAAAAUGAGAUUUUUUUUUCUGACAGACUUUGUUUUUCUGUCUAAAUAAAAUCAGUUUUAAAUUAGCCUGUUUUUUUAAUGAUGCAUAUAUUUUAUUCAACAGCCACAUUUAAAUGGAGCCACAAAUGUCAGUAAAGUGUCUCUAAUCAAUCAGAAUGAAGACUUCUUCUCUGAUGGACGUUACAGGCGAAAUGAGUUUCCAUACAGCCUUGCCAUUUAUCUUUCCCCAGCUAUUGCUUCACCCUUUCACUCACAGUUUAAUAAGGUCACACCUUUUAUAUAAACUGUACAUGACACCUCAUUAAGUUAAAGAGUAGAUCAUGGAACAUCCAGUCAGAUGUGAGAGUUGGGCAGUGGGGCUCCUGUGUUAUUCUCUGUCUGUUGGACAGAAGACAGCUUCUUUUGCAGUAAAACCAUUAGCACUUUGUAAUUAGGUUUAAUUAAGCCCAUCACAAUCAUAAAAUUUCAGCUGACAUUUAAUUGUCACACUAAUAAUAGCAAUUCAAAUGUCUUUUUCUGCCUCUUUGCCUUUACUAGUACUAGAUUAGUGGUUUUAUUUCCUUUGACAACCACCUUUUUGCUGCAAAUCUAUCAAAAUCCUCCCCCACUUAUUGUACUCUUCUUUGUUAUUUGGCUUAAAACCAGAAUGUGCCCACAGUGGUGAUGUGGUGUUCUGCUUUGAAGCUAAAGCCAUGAUGGUAAUAUUUUUUUUAAAAAUGCAGAAGAAGAGAGUGCAAAUGAUGGAAAACAACAUGACAACAAUGACUGAAUGACAUUUGUGUUUGUUUCAACCAACUGUCUCUAUGCAGGUGAAUGAAAACGACAGCAUUCAGUUCAAAUAUUUACAAUUUGACGAUUACUUCAUUAUUCUGGGGUUUCUUUUUUUGUGUGUGCCAUUUAUAUGCACAUAACAACAUACUUAGUUCACAGUAGUAACAAAUGUGUUUGUAACCUUUCAUUUAACUGAGCACAGUUAAACCCAGGGUGGCACUUUCACCUUGCAGCUAGAAGAUUCCGUCUUCGCAUCCUGGCCUGGGCUUGAGAUCUUUCUGCAUGGAGUUAGCGUGUUCUCCCUGUACAUCCAUAGGUUUUCUCCAGGUACUCUGACUUUGUCCCACAGUCCAGAAACAUGCUGAGGUUAAUUGGUGACUCUAAAUCCAUCUGUAGGUGUGAAUGUGAGUGUGAUUGUUUGUCUCUAUAUGUAGCCCUGUGAUAGACUGGUGACCUGUCCAGGGUGUCCCCUGCCUUCACCAUAAGUCAGCUGGAAUAGACUCCCAUCUCCUGCGACCAUAAUGACGAUUAAGCGGUGUAUAGAUUAUGGAUAGAUGGACAAUUAAACCUGGUUAUGCAUUCAAUAAAAAAGGUGUCCAAGA